AUGGCUCUGCUUAGCAUCGUCAACGUCGCCCUUUUGGGUGUCGCUUACUUUGUCGCCUGCGCUGUUUGGCAAGUUGUCAAGUAUCGGUUUUUGCAUCCUCUCGCAAAGUUUCCUGGUAACUUCUGGGGAAGUGUCACACGUCUCUGGAUCACGUACCAUAAUGUGGAAGCGGACGAAUGCGAGACCUUUCAGGAACUUCACAAGAAACAUGGACCUAUCAUUCGAAUCACCCCAACUAUGCUGCUGGUCAGCGAUGCGACCGAGCUACCCAAGAUCUACAAUCGUCACGCAAACAAGUCGAAGCACUACAUUACCGGAAGCUUUGGCAAAGAUGAAUCACUCUUCAACAUGCAAGACUCUGUCAUGCACGCCAAGUACAGAAAGGUCGCCGCCCCUCUCUAUAGUCUAACCAACAUCAAGAAGAUGGAGCCCUUGAUCGACAAUAACAUGAGUGCAUGGAUGAGCCGCCUCCAACGCGACUUUGCUGCAACGAAUAAGCCAUUUGACUUUGCGCCGCAUUCAGUAUAUCUAGCCUAUGACGUUAUCUCUGAGGUUGGGUUUGGUGCUCCCUUCGGUUUUGUCAAAGAGGGCAAAGAUGUUGAGGGUCUUAUUAAGGGUUUCCAUGACGGUCUUACACCUUUCGGUAUUAUGGCAAGACUGUAUCCUUUUACCAACUGGGUCAAGAGCACUUUCCUGGGAAAAUAUAUGGUCGCUAGUCCUGAGCAAGACUCUGGUAUCGGAAUCUUGAUGCGCUUUCGUGAUCGCUUGAUUGAACAGAGGUUCAAAGAUAUUGAGAAUGGCUCCACGGGUGGUCGUAUAGAUCUUCUUCAAACUUUUAUUGAGGCUCGGGACGAAGAUGAUAAGCCGCUGGAUAUUAACUACAUCAAAGCCGAGAUCCUGCUAGUUUUGCUCGCGGGUGCCGACACAACCGGCACAGCCUUCCAAGCCAUGAUGGUCCACAUUCUUACGAACCCGCAAGUUUACAAGAAACUCCUCGCUGAGAUCGAUGAAGCUACCGCAGCAGGAAAUCUUUCCGAGAUGCCUCAAUACGACGAGGUUGUGGAGCACCUACCCUAUUAUAUCGCCUGCGUCAAGGAAGCGAUGCGUCUUACCCCCAGCGCGCCCAAUAUCUUCCCACGUAUCGUUCCCCCAGGCGGCCUCGAGAUCUGUGGUCACUUCGUUCCCGAAGGUACAGAAGUUACUUGCAACCCAUGGCUUGUGCACCGUGACCCCAACAUCUACGGCGAUGACGCUGAGGUCUUCAAGCCAGAGCGCUGGCUGGAUGCCGACAAGGCCAAGAUCUAUAACAAGUACAGCAUGGGUUUCGGUUAUGGACCCCGAGUCUGUCUGGGACAGGAUAUUGCAAGGAUGGAGCUGUACAAGGGUCCUCUACUGUUCUUGCGGAGCUUUAAUGUUGAGUGGGUUGAUGAGACGAAGAGGGGCAAGUAUGUGAUUAAUGGUGGUGUGAGUUACUUUGAGGACAUGAACAUCAAGAUCUCCAGGCGGGAUUCUGCUGCUUGA